AUGCACAAGGAUGCAGCUGCAUUUGCUGAAAACCUGGACGCUCAUGGCGAGGCUAGCCUAAUGUCUCAGGUUUUCGACGCGCUGUACGACGAUGCCGAGGAAGUUUUCAUGUCAAAGGGAGGAUACGUCAUUCCCAAAAGGGAAGCCGCUCUGGUGGAGGCCACUGGCGGCUCCCCUACUUACGGCGAGAUCACCGGAGAGGGCGUGACGCAAUUCCUGCGCAGAGUGCCCCUACGACCCGAUGACGUCCUGGUCGACCUGGGCAGUGGCCUAGGUCGCCUGGUGCUGCAGGUGGCCUGCUCCGCCAGGCUGCGCCGCUGUGUGGGCAUUGAGCUGUCCGCCAGCCGCCACGAAGAAGCCUGCUGGGUGGCGGCGCAGCUGGCCCACCUCAACGACGAGCACAAUGGACGCGAUGGGCACGGGACCGGCCCAUGGAUCACAGGGCCAUCGACAUCCGAUGGCGAGGUGGCGCGAACAUUCAUGCUGCGUCCUCAUGGCCCGGGGACAGCCCCUGAAUCAUCGCUGGUUGCGAUGGCUGAGGAGGACUGGAUGUUCCAGGGAGGGUCCCAUGGUGGUGGUCAGCGCGGGGGUGGGCUGCUUCUUAGUCCGGUGGAGCUGCGCUGCGAGGACCUGAUGGCUGCGGACCUCGCCGAUGGCUCCGUCUUCUUCCUGUGCUCCACGGCCUUCUCAUCAGCCGCAUGUCGGGCCAUUGCGGAGAGGCUGUACUGCCACCCCAGGUUCCGGGUGCUGGUCACUUCGCGUGCGCUGCCCUUCCCGUCGCCGUUGACCCUGGGAAUGCCGCCGGUGGCACAUUUCCCGCACAGGUGGCACAUGGCUUUUACGGCGAGCUCCCGAGCGACGACAGUUAGGGUAGUCCGGCCCAGCAGGGCACGCCGGGAACAAUUGUCGGUCACAAGCAUGUUUACUGGAAUUGUGCAAGGCACAGCCAACGUCACGGCCAUCGACAGCAAGGAGAAAUUUUCCUGCCUUGACAUACGCUUUCCCCACGGCAAGGUGGAUGGUAUUAAGACUGGUGCUAGCGUUGCUGUUAACGGGACAUGUUUAACCGUCACAAGGAUUGACGGUGACACUCUUAGCUUCGACAUCAUGAUGGAGACGCUACGAGCCACAAACCUUGGGGGGUUGAAGACAGGCAGCGUUGUCAACUUUGAGCGUUCAGCAAGGGUUGGAGAUGAGAUCGGUGGGCACAACGUGUCGGGACACGUCCAUUGCACCGCGACGAUUGCCGCCGUCGAGCAGACGGAGAAUAACAGGCGCCUUACCUUUGAGGUCAGCAAUACGGGAUUUAUGAAAUACAUACUUCCGAAGGGUUACAUCGCCGUGGACGGCUGCAGCCUCACCAUUGGCGAGGUGUGGGACAACAAGUUCACGGUGUACCUGAUUCCCGAGACCAUCCGCGUAACCGUGUUUGGAGUUAAGGGUGUCGGCGACAGCGUCAACAUUGAAAUUGAGACGCAGACUCAGGCAAUCGUGGAUACCACGGAGCGCGUGGUAGCACAGUACCUAGAGCGACUGAAGGGUCAACAGCAGCUCUGA